AAAUGUUACUCUUACUUGUUCUUCUAGCACCUUUUUCUGUAAAAACUGAAGAGUCAAUUUGCAGGCCAUGGAAAAAAGCAGAUCUUCCUGUGUUUUCUAAAGAUGGGGAUAUUAACAUAGGAGGGAUUUUUUCUCUUCAUGACAGUCCGGUUGAUGCAAAUCUUACGUUUACUGUAAAACCAGAAAUAUUAAAAUGCAAGGGCCUCAAUUUUAGAGAACUGCAGUUUGCUCAAACAAUGAUUUUUGCGAUUGAAGAAAUCAAUAACAGAACAGAUAUACUAACAGGUGUCACGUUGGGAUAUAAGAUUUACGAUGCUUGCAGAGAGGUCCAGCUGGCACUUAAAUCGGCAAUGUCUUUACUGAAUGGGCAAGAAGGGGAGGAUAAACCAACAAGCCAGGCAUCCUGCAUGAAACAGUCCACCGUUCUUGGAAUAAUAGGACCAUCUAGUUCAUCUCCAUCGGUGGCAGUAGCAACAGCUCUAGGACCUUUUAACAUUCCUGUGAUUAGUCAUGGUGCAAGUUGUGCAUGCCUGAGCAAUAAAAAAUUGUUCCCAUCAUUCCUGAGAACUAUACCAAGUGAUUACUACCAAAGCAGAGCCUUAGUGGAGCUUGUUAAAUAUUUUGGUUGGACUUGGGUUGGAGCAAUAAGGAGUGAUGAUGAUUAUGGAAACUAUGGAAUGGCAAUGUUUUUACAAAUUGCACGUGAAAAGGGAGUUUGUAUUGAAUAUUCUGAAGCCAUCCAAAGGACAUACUCGAGAGAAAGACUCCUGCAGACUGUACAUACUAUCAAGAAGUCAACUUCAAAGGUAAUCAUAGCCUUUGUGUCCUUUAAUGACUUGGAGCUCCUACUAAAGGAACUGUUCAUCCAGAACAUUACUGGCUUUCAAUGGAUUGGGACAGAUUCCUGGAUUUCUGCCAAAAACCCAUCCAUUGUGGAAUACUACAAAAUUAUGAGUGGAGCACUUGGCAUGGAAGUAAGCAAUGCAGUUAUUCCAGGAUUAAAGGACUUUUUAUUAAAUGUUCGUCCAUCCAACACUGCUGGCAACACAGGCAUGACUGCUUACUGGGAAUUCCUAUUUAAUUGCACACUGAUGCCUAUAGAGAAUGCUUCUUAUGUUUCUCCAUGUACAGGUUUAGAAAAUCUAAAAGAUGUAAAUAAUCAAUACACUGACUUAUCCAAUAUUGGAUAUACUAAUAAUGUGUACAAAGCAACAUAUGCUAUAGCAUAUUCACUUCACAACAUCUUUAAAUGCAAUGUUAUGGAUAAUGAUUUAAAAAGAACAUGUCCUGAAAGAAAUGUCAUUGGGCCACUGGAGGUUCUAAACUAUUUGAAAGUGGUAAAUUUCACUACAAAAAAUGAAGAAAACAUUUAUUUUGAUGAAAACGGUGACCCUGCAUCAAGAGUAAAAACAUACGACUUGAUAAACUGGCAACUGAAUAAAGAGGGUGAUGUGGAGUUUGUUACAGUUGGUGCAUAUUAUGCAUUUCUUCCAGAAGGGCAACAAUUUUCUAUUAAUUUUGAAAGAGUUGUUUGGUCUGGAACAGGAGAGAAGGUGCCCACAUCUGUGUGUACUGCGAGCUGUCUCCCAGGCACUCGUAAAGCUGUUCAAAAAGGAAAACCUAUCUGCUGCUUUGACUGCAUACCAUGUGCAGAUGGAGAAUUCAGCAACACAACAGAUUCAUCUGAUUGCUGGAAGUGUCCAUUGGAAUACAAAUCUAGCAAGAAAAAAGAUCACUGCAUCUUAAAAGAGACAGAAUAUUUAACAUUUCAUGAAAUUAUGGGAAUACUCCUUGUGACUUUAUCUUUGCUAGGUGCUUUUCUAACUACAUCUAUUGCAGUUAUUUUCUAUAUUCACAGAGAUACCCCAAUUGUUAAAGCAAACAAUUCUGAAUUAAGUUUUCUUCUAUUGUUUUCGUUAACCCUUUGUUUCCUUUGUUCUCUUACUUUCAUUGGCCAGCCUUCAGAAUGGUCCUGCAUUUUGCGUCACACGUCUUUUGGAAUCACAUUUGUGUUGUGUAUUUCAUGCAUUUUGGGGAAGACAAUAGUUGUCUUGAUGGCCUUUCGGGCCACCCUACCUGGCAGUAAUAUUAUGAAGUGGUUUGGCCCAAGCCAGCAGCGGUUAAGUGUUUGUGCUUUUACACUCAUACAGGUCAGCAUAUGCACAGUUUGGUUGUUGACAUCGCCUCCAUUUCCCAACAAAAACAUGAAACACUCCUCAGAAAUAAUUAUUUUAGAGUGUGACCUUGGAUCUGUUACUGCUUUUUAUGUGGUUUUAGGUUACAUAGGUUUUCUUGCUAGUUGGUGCUUUGUUCUUGCAUUUCUGGCACGCAAACUUCCUGACAAUUUUAAUGAAGCCAAAUUCAUCACAUUUAGCAUUUUGAUAUUCUGCGCUGUUUGGAUCACUUUCAUUCCAGCUUAUGUUAGCUCACCAGGCAAGUACACCGUAGCUGUAGAAAUUUUUGCUAUUUUAGCUUCCAGUUUUGGUUUGCUUUUUUGCAUUUUUAUGCCCAAAUGUUACAUUAUUUUAAUUAAACCAGAACAAAACACCAAAAAAUAUUUAAUGGGUAAGAUGCCCUCUUAAUAUUUUACUAUUAUGUAUGCAAAAAUAGUUAAUUAAAUAUCUGCAAAGUAAUUUAGAUCAGAAACACCAAAUACAAAAAUGUUUUUAGCUGUUGCACUCACUUACUUAGCACAGUAUUGUUUAAUUACCAAAUGAAAUAGUGUAUAUAAAUGUAUAUAUUAAAAAUAUUUUUGCAUGUUUUCAUAUACUGAUAACUAAAAUAUAAGGUGUUUUACCGAAUCCAUUUUUAUUCAUAUAUCAGUGCAACAAGUUACAAAUAUUGGACUGUUUCCUGGUGAACAAGUAAGGGCACUUAGGUUGACAUUUAUGUAACUAUUGUUGCUGCACAAUUCAUAGUUCUCUAAGCAUUUCUUAAGCACCCAUGUGAGAGUUAUAUAUCUGAAGUUGUGUCUUUUCAAAAUUAAGCUAUGCACAAUGGUAUCUGAAAAUAGUAAAUAACCUUCCUGAGAAACUCCACAAAUGUAUUCAUCCAUUCAUCAGUUUUCAAACCAGCCUAAUCCAGUAAAAAGAUUUGCACAUAAUGAUAUGUCACUGGACCAGCACAGUAAAUUAGAAAUCAUUUUUAAAAAAUCUAAGUCUAUGAAUAAGAACUUGGCAAUAAAAAUAAUCAUAAUAUCAUAAAAAAAUAGUGUUUCAAUAUCACUGUGCAUGAUUCUGUUAUAAUACUCUUACACUAAUAAAUAUAGUGCAUUAAAUGUAUUCAUAAAGCAUGUUAAAAAUGAACAGAUCCUGUUGGGCAUUUCUGGUUUAACACUAUCCUUGCUCAUAACAUAAGUAAAUAGUUCCAUUAGGCUAGCCAUCCAGUUAAAGUGGUGACUUGUUUUUGGAUAGAAUAACAUUUAGGAACCAAA